AGCCCAAGCCAUCCAAGGCGCCGCCGCGGACGCCGCUGAGGCCGGUGAUAAUCACGCGCGACGCGGUGCAGAAGGCGGUGUUCGGCGCCGGCUACCCCGCCAUCCCCUCGCUCACUAUCGAGGAGUUCUACGACCAGCGCGUGCGGGACGGCAUAUUCCCAGGCGGCACAAAUAUCCCGCACCAAACCAUACAAAGCACAGAAACAGACGGCGAUGAGGAAGAAAGAAUUCGCAAGGAGCGUCUAGUAGAAGAAGACGACCCAGAAGAGUUGGCUCGCCAGCGCGGCAUGGACGAGUACAAGGACGACCACCGCCGCGGCUGGGGCAACCGACACAACAGGAGUUAGGAACACCUUACUACAUGGAAUAAACUUUAUUGUAAUUGCAUUUGAGUCGAAAAUGGCAAGAUUUAACAACCGGAGCUAAGAAACACUACUACACCUGAUACUCUUGAUUCAUAUAAUUUAAAAUGGCGGCAAAAGUUAUCAACAGGAGCUAGGCAAACCUUACUACAUGGAAUAAACAUAUUUAUUAUUGUAAUUGCAUUUGAGUCGAAAAUGGCGGCAAAGAUGCGGCGGUGGUAUUUUUUGGGGCUGCCAUCUUUAAAAUUUAUUCAGUGACCUUGAAGGCUAAAGACAUGGUAUCUACCAUGCAGCCUAAAUGGUUGACGCUUAAGGUAUGUCUUUAUUUUACUGUAUUCUCUUUGAGAUUUAUUUAUACAAUAUACUCUUAACUAAAUAGUAUUAUUAGUACACUGAACAUAAUUUUACACGACUGUUGUUAAUAAGGAGAUAGCGUCUCGUUUGUUUGUGUUUAAAUUAACACAUUGUCAAGGACUAUACAGCCCGUACGUAUUAUUAACACUUACAA